UGCUGUUGGAGUUACUGCCUUUCAGAUGAUGCAUUAAACCCAGGGCCUAUCUGCCCUCUCUGCUGGAUAGCAAAGAUCCCAUGUUCAUUGAUUUGAAGAAGAGAGGAGGGGAAUUCUCUCCAGUGUAUUUGGCCAAUAUUUAUUCUUCAAUAAGCAUCACUAAGAAAUUAGCAGAUCUUUACCAAAUUGGUGGCUGUGGGAUUUGCAGUGCACCCAUUGACUCAACAGUUGCUCCAAGGGGGAGAUUGCACCAAACAUGGUCAGGAGUCGAGGGGUUCAGUACCUGGGGCAAUGUCAGCAUUUAACCCACCACUUACUCAGGGACUGACUCCAACCUUGACCAAAACUACAGUCAACCAGAGAUACAUCUCACCUGACACACAGCAUCCAUCUAAAGCAGCACCUUACCCAGCGUUACCCCUGUCCAGGAGAAAUCCCAACCUGAAGGAGUUUGAGGAGCAGCAGAGGGAGCAAUUCGCUCAGCAAAUCAAAGCCGAGAGGAGGAAGAAACAGAAGGACCAUGAAUUGGCGUUGAAGAGAAUAGCUGAUGAUCGAGAAAAUCUGAAAGCAAAAUCGGCUCCUACUUGCCAGCCCAAUCCCCUUCAACAGGGUCAGAUGUUACAGGGUAAAGUUCAAACUGCAGUAGAAGACCAUUGUAUUCUUGUGAUCAGGCUCCCAUCUGGACAUGUGCUCCGGGAGCGAUUCCGACAGGACAGAACACUGCAGAGUGUGAAGGACUACAUCACACAGCAAUUCCCCGAUCUCCAGAAUAUCGAUCUACUACAGGGUUUCCCAAAGAGGCAUUUCACGGACGAGGACCUGGGCAGUACAUUGGGAGCUUUAGGACUGAGUCCAAACGCCACGCUGUGUGUGCGGGAUGAGCAGCAGAGAGCUAUGCUGCAGCCAAACCUGCCUCCAGGUGCCUACACAUUGACAACAGCCAUUGUUCCCAGUGCAGGAACCCCAGCAUCCAAUGACCGUGUGCAGACUGCCCCCUCUCUGCCAGCGAGCCAGCACCAUGGCCUGUCGAGGACAGCUGCUUUGCGUUCCUGGGGGCGAGGACAGCCACUGGGGUCCACGCCCACACAGGACAUGGCAGCCCCUAGGAUGGAGGAACCACGACCCGCUCCAGGUCAGGUGCGGCAGCUGGACCUCUGGAAUGCCGGGAUACCAGCACUAGUGGAAUAUCCAUCAAGAUCAGCACAUUUCUGGGGUCGGGGAUGGAAGCUGGCAGCGGGUGAGCAGGGAGAAUUCCUGAACAACGAUGAUGGACAGGCUGAUCGCAAUGUCGGGCAAGUGGAGAACAUCAUCUCAGAGGAUCAGCUCAUUCCUCCUGCCUUUGACCCAGAAGUCAUCUUUCGCCAAAAUGGAAACCGAAUUCGCAGUGGGUUUGAGCCUCAAUACCAGUGGCCAAACCAGGGCAACCGUCUCAGGGAUGCCCAAGAGGAGGCAGCUAAUCAGGAUGGCCAGAGGCAGCAGGACCUACCGACGGAGGCUGCCCAGGCUGCCAUGCAGCGUCUGAUCCGAGCUGGGGAGCAAGAGUCCAGUCCCUCCAUACCGUCCUCACAGAAGAAGCAAUGUCGGGCCACGCCAAUGCCCUCACUGUUCAAGAUGGCAACCGGAUGCGCCAUAGCGCUGAUGACAGGUGCAUGUGGGUGGGUCAGAGGGUACCAUUCAGUGUAUUACUCAUUUCACAGUGGUAUUAAGUGAAAGGGAAACACAGAUUACAAUGCAGGUCAUAUUUCAAGUUGUUGAAGAUUUAUUAAAGAAACAU